GCUUGUGUUGAUCUGUUGUAUUAUGUUUGAAAAAACGUCGUCUUGACGACAGGAUUACUGACUUUUGAAUUUGUAUGAAUUACACUCUCGAAAAUAAUAUGAAUUUCUCAAAUAAUGGAUGAAAAUUCCAAAGGACUGUCAGAACCAGCGGAAAUAAAGAACGUUCUUCCGGAUGUUGUGAAUUCACAACAGCUAACUACACGAGACGCGGUAGGAGACGAUGUUACAAGUUCCACACCGGAUACGAGUCACCACACACAUGAGAAAAUUCAACAUCUUGAGAAAGAAACUGAGGAAAAUAGUGGAAUAGAAUCCAUAUCUGAAAAUAUACCUUUCAAUAUUGAUUAUUCUAUCUCAGAAUCAGAACAUAUAGAGCCCAAUGCAGGAGACUUACUUAGAGUUACCAGUAAUAAUGAAAUAGUUUCAAAAAAUAGUUCUUUAAAUGUUCCUCAAGAUGCGAGCCCGCACAGCUCCUGGAACAUUGAUGUUAACCGAUCAGAUAUGCAUAUUAGUGAAGAAAGUCCGGUUAUACUUGCUCUAUCAUCUGAUACAUCUAAGGAAGUUUUAAAAAGCAAGGAACAUGAAGGUGAUCGUGAAAAAACUCCCGAACAAUCAUCAAAUAGCGAAUAUCUUGAUUCACUUAAUGAUACCAAAAGUCACAAAUCAAAUAACAAUGACGGUAGUAUUGAUGCAAAAACAACUUUCUCGUCUGAAAAAGAUGCAGAAUCUCUCGGACAGUGCAGUUCUGGUUCAGAGGAGAUGAUAAAGUUAGAUAUAAGAGGCCAAGCUGCUCCAAAAUUUCCAGUUCAAUCAACAAAAAUUAUAUUUGGACCGCCACCUGAUGGAAGUACUAUGAUGAGUCCACAUCUAGAGUCAAUACCAGUGUUUCAGACAUUAAUGUCUCCGUGUCUCAUCGGACCGAGUGACGGACUCACCAUCGAAGAAGUAUUUGAGGGCAAAGAUACUCCAGAGAAGUCACAGUCACUCACGGUCAGCUGCAGUGACAAGGAACAGGAUGUCCUGGUAGAAGAAAUUCUAGUGGAACAUGACCAGAAGGAAGUGGGCCCAGACAAUGUGUCUCCGUCAAAGUCCGUAAACCCAGAUGAAGCUUCUCUAAACACUAUGAGCACCGAGUACAAAACCCUGUGUGAGGAAUAUCACUUCAAGCUUGUGCACUUGGAGGAGGCGGUGUCGAGGCGCGACCAACUAAUAGAGGAACUAACGGUCUCGUUGCAGCGCUCCGUGCGCGAGAGAGACGACCUGCGACACGACAACGAACACCUGCUGGCCGAAGUGAAACACCUGCAACGCCUGGCCGCAGACAGGUCCCACUCGGACGACACUGUCAAGGCCCAGCUGUCCGACUUCAUGAAGUAUCAGAGCAUGCUGAGAGACGACUCCACCAAGUUCUACUCCGCACUCAUGAGCGGCACGAGCUCGCGGCAGAGCUCCAACGGCGAGAAGGACAACGAUAAAGAAGAGAUCACCGUCAACUACUCCAGGUCCGACCUACGCUCCUCCGCCUCCUCCGGGGACUGCCAGGAGGGGCUCCACGGCAAACUGAUGGCGGUCCUCGACAGGUACGACGCGCGGAUAGAAGAGGAGACGAGGAACGAGCUCAGGGGAACUCUGAUACAAGUAAUGUGUGAUGAGGUCGCUCGACUACGGAUAGACUGCGACACUGACGUCAGAGAGCUGGAGGCGCAGCUGGCGCAGGAAAAACACGCGCGGACCGGAGACGUGAGGAGGCUCAGGGACCUGCUGGCCGAAGUGAAGGCUGGCAGUGCGGAUGUCGACCAGCUCAGAGAAGAACUAGACGCCAAGCACAAGAAGGAGAUGGAGAAUCUGAGGACGUACUUCGAAAAGAUGUGCUUAGACAUAGAACGCAGUUACUCCGAGGAGGUGAUGCGUGGUCGGGCGUGUGUGUCCCCAGUGUCGGAGGGAGCGGAUGCGGAGGCGGAAGCGGGGGCGGGCGACGCUCGCAGGAGGACGCGCUCCGCCGACCUACCCUCACUUCUUAUGGAGACAUCGACGCCGCUAGAGGGCACCCUGAGACAGAUCAACAAGAAGCUGGAGCAGCAGCUGCUGGAGACGAGGACGGCCCACCUGGCGCACGUCCGCGACCUCGCACACGCGCACCAGCAAACUGUGGCGGACCUCGAGCAACGGAUAGCACAACUAAAAGCACACAUACAGGCUACUGAAAACACAGAGGCCAACGUUUCUGUGUACCAACAGGAUAUAGACCUAGAGCUGGAGAAGCGUGCGCGCGACCGCGUGCUGCACGACAUGCACCAACAGCUGCAGGUGUUGUUGUCCGACCCUGACGCGGAGCUGUCCAGCUGGCCGCUGGAGCUGGUGGCGCUCAGGGACAGGAUCCAUCACGACAGGGAGUUAUCGAGUGUCCGGGACGAGCUGUCCAGCGGCGAGGGAGACAAAUGGCGACAAAGGAGGAAUAACAGCUUUGACCAGAACCGUCAGCUGGAGGAGGUCACCAGGGAGAGGGAUGGUCUCCGUCGUGUGGCGGGAGUGCUGCAGCGUGCUGUUUCGUCACUGGUCGCCUACUGCGCCAGCGCCGAGGACGAACUGAACAGGACCGUACUGAACAAACUGUUGGGACACCUGGCCGCCGACGACGACACUAUUGUGGAGCUGGACUCCCGGCCGUCCACUCCGGUCGCUGAGCUGAGUGUGGUAGGAGAGACGCACGUCCACCUGGCGCCAGACCUGCACUCCAUAUUGGUGUCGCUGGACGAGGCCGGCGUCAGGGGCUUCCUGCAGCAGCAGAGGGACCUCGGAGACGACAUCAAGAGAGAGCUGGACGCCUCGCUCAAGAGGCUUAGGCACGAGGCAAAGGACCUACUGCAGCUGUCCGCGCGUCUAGCCAGCAACAAGGCUCGACAGGAGACUAGGAUGUUAGAGAACAGCACUCGGGAGGCAAAGGAGGAAGAUGAACGAGAAUGUAUCAACUGUAUGAUGCAGAGAAAAAACGUGGAGGAGGCCAUGUCCGAAUGUCUCCAACGUGAGAAUCUGCUGCGGAGCGACCUCGACGGCGCCAUGAUGAAGAUUGCUCACCUCAUGGGACCUCCGGACAGAACGCACUCCGACGACGUCGUGGAGGGGUACGGCACGGGCGGGCGCUCCCUGGACGGCCUGACACCGCGGGCCCAGCUCGCUGCGGACCUCGAACACGCGCUAAGGGAGAGGGACGACCUGAAGCAACAGCUGGAGGCGGCCAACCGUCAGCUUCGUUCCACUCGCCAGUUCGUGGAGGAGCAGGCGGCCGAGCGGGAGGCGGAGAGGGACGAGUUCGCCGACAGACUCGCCGAGCUCAGGGACGAGAACAGCAGGCUGGCCGCUCGCCUGCAGACCAACGCCAGGAUAGUGAACGAGAUGAGCUGCUUGCGUCUCGCUCGGUGUAACUGCCGAGAACACGACCGCCAUGUCGAACAACUCGAAAGUCAGACUCGGGAGAUGAAUCAGAUAAUAGCGGACCUGGAGGGGCGGAAGGGCGCCGCGGACGAGGAACUCAAAGCUGCAGAGGAACAAGUGUCCCUGCUGAGAGACAUCAUUAACAACCUGGAGACUCAGCUGGAGGAGAAGACUGCCCGAGAAGAGGACGUGCUGCGGGAGCUGGGGGACAUGAGGAGCACCAUAGACGACAGGGACCGGAGGAUGAGGGAGCUGCUGGCGGAGCUCGAGCGUUCAAGGGGUCGCGACGCGGAGAGAGAGGCGGCCACCCAGCAGGGAGAGGAGGGGGGCGGUGACGAGCUGCUGGGGACACUCAGAGAUGAUGCCAAGCUUCUCGAGGAGCAGAUACACAGCAGCGUCGUGCGGCUGGAGGGAGCCUACGAGCGAGCCUCCGGAUCACUGUCCGAGCGCACCGAAGACGUAUCAGUAACGGGGGCGAGGGCGGGCGGGGAGCGGGGUGGAGGAGGGGCGCGGGGACCUGCUCUAGAGGAACUCAGCGGGGUGUGGGACCAGCUGAAGGCGCUAGAGCGGGCCGGGGACGCCGCCCUCAAGAGGAUAGAUGACCUUCACAUGCAGCGACAGAGACUCAAGGACGUGGCGCAGGAGGUCCGCGCCGAGCGUGACGUGCUCCAGGCACGUAUGUCAGAGCAGGCGCUGCGCAUAUCAUCACUGAGUGCGCGUCUCGCGCAACAGCGAUGUGACGCUGAUGCGCUGGCUCAUGACGCCGCGGCACAGCUCUCCGUCAGACUACACGACGCACAGGCUGAGGUUCAAAGAUUGACGGAGGAGUUGAGUACCAAAGAUAAACAGCUGGCGAGAUUGAAGCAGAGCCACGAGGAGAGAGACAAGUAUGGAGAAACACAACCGGUCUUCGGGAAUUCAUGUAACCCUAAAGACAGGGCGGCAAUGUUAGAACGGGAAUUUUCAAACGCUAAAUCCAAGAUAGAACAACUUGAAAGUUUAGUACGAAGUCUCGAAACUGAUAAGGAAAAACUUCAAUCAACUGUCAGAGAACAACAGAGGACACUCGCCGAGAAGGAGGAACAGUUGAAUGAGAUUAUGGCUCUUAAUCUGGUGGAGGACCAAAGCGAAGUCAUUCAGGCCAAGACGUCCGCCCGGACACUCAGCGAUAUCGUCUCCAUAUCAGAGUUCGACGAACAGGAUUUAAUAAUGCGUCGGGCGGAGCUGAAGGGACAGAACGCUAGCAUUACAAACACAGACCACAAAGACAAAACCAAUUUAAACAAGACUCUACCCCCCGAUGUACAAAAACCUAAUAUGAGUUCAUUGAACUUGGACUACGCAGACCAUUUCGAUGGCACAAACUUUACACCCCGUGCCGACUCACUACCUAUACAUCUAACAUCUACUCAAAAUAAGGAGGUUUAUAAAAGGAGUGCAAACGAAACGACAAUAUUUGGUGAAGGGAUCAAACAUUCUACUGCUCAAAAUAUACCCGAUAAUUGCUCAAUGUAUCCCAACAGAGAUGUCUCGGAAAGUAAAAACCUAAGUGUUGAACCGAAAAAGAUAAACUUCUCAAUGGAACCAUCUGACAACAGAACUCACGACGAGGAGUUCGCUUCCUUAAAAGAUCUGGGAAUAACAUUAGACGUGAAACAAGAAAACUUCCCAGACAUACUGACACACCUCAAACGUGAAAUAAAGAAAUCUAGAAGUGAGGUAGAACUGUAUAAGGCAGAACUCAAGAAUGCCGAGGAACAGCUGUGUGAGUUUCCAGCUUUAAAAGAGGAAGUGGAGGAACUGAAAGGGCUCUUAGAGAACACGAUGGCUACCAUGGAGAACGACAAGAAGUUUUACGAAAAUCAAUUGGAUACCUUUGCUUCAAACAAGAAACUGCUCGAACAAAGACUUAAAGAAUUAACACAAGAAGUUCAUGAGAAGUCAAAAGACCUGAAUCUGCUCAAGGAAGAUAUUCUACGAAGAGAAACCAUGAUAUUAGAAUUGGCGAAGGAGAAAAUGAACUUAGCAAAUAAGAUUUCUGAUUUAGAAAUCAAAAUAGACGACUUAAAUAGCAAGAACAUGGCUCUAGUAAAAUACGAAGCAGAAAAUAAGCAGCUCAAAGAAAAGCUAGCUGAGCUACAGAGACUGGAACAGUUGUUAUCAGAAAAAAAUCAACAGAUUGACAGUUUAAAUCAACAUCUAGAUAGAUUAGACGACCUACAGAGAUGUUUGAAUGACAAAACUGAAGAGAUGGAGGGACUGAAACAGGCUUUGAAUAUGAAAACAAAGGAACUGUUCCAGGUGAGAGACUCGGUCAACACAUUAAACACUGACAUCGCUAAAGUUAUAGAAGAGAACGAUCAGCUCAGCCAACAAAAUAAAGAACUGAAGUUAAAACUGACAAAACUAGAGAAAGAGCAAGAAAACGCCACGAUUAGGCUUCAGAACAAUGAGACGGAACUCAACAGGGUCAACUCACAAAACAGCGACCUCGCGGCGAGAAUAGAGGAGCUGAAGGUAUUACACGACACACUGGCGGAUAAAGAGACGGAGAUAGAGAUAUUACACGAAGACAUCAACCUGUACCAUAACGAGAUAGCGGCGUUGAGAGAACAGCUGAAGAUGGUGUCGCGGAGCCCGUCGCCCAGGAACAAAAACACUGAAGCCGGCAAUACUGUGGACAGGCAGGCCACUAAUGAUAGGAAGCAGUUGGUGAAAAUCAAAAAACAAAUAUCUCUGUUGCAACACGAGCUUGACUUCCAGAAAAAGGAACUCAAUGAUAAGGCAUUCGAAUUAGCUAAGGCUAAACUGGACUUGACGGAAGCUCGGAAUAAUAUAAGUCAGAUGAGUAAGCAAAUAUCUGACAGCGAGCAGCUACAGAUGGCCUGGAGCGAGCAGCAGCAGCAGCUGGAAAAACUAGCUCAAGAAAAGGAACAGCUGGAGCGACAGCUGGAGACCGUUCUAGCCAGACUGCGGGAGGAGACCGACGUAGGCGAGUUGAGGCACAAGCUGUGCGCUGAAAGUGAACGAUGUGGUCAACUGGAGCGGGAACUGAGGCGACUUCGAGAGACGACUGACAGACCCCGUCCGUCGCCAAGCCGUGCGCGUUCACCCACGGCGGAGCUGGAGCGGGCGGUACGCGACCAGCUAGACUACUCACACGCCUUGGACGACGACAUCAUGGACCAGAUUUUGUCUGCUAGCAGCGACGAACGAGAGGAUAUUCCGAGACUCGUUCUCAAUUCAUCCAAUCAGUCUACGAGCUCGAUGAAAUCGACAUCGUCGGAGCGCAUGCAGCGGCUGCGGAACGACAACGAGAAGCUGCAGCUGAAGUUGGAACACCUGGAGUGUAGAUUAAAGGAUAAGGACGCGCUCAUUUCUGAACUCAACAGAGUACGAGACAAGCUGUCCAGUGAGUGUCAGUCGGGGCGGCUGAGGCUGGAGGCGGAGCGCGACCGCUCGGCGCGUCUGGCCCUGCUGCUGGACUCGCACAAGGACACGGCCAGCUCGCUACACGACCAGGACUCCAGCAUGAUCGACAUGCUCAAGAGACGACUCGAGACCGCCAUGAAGUCCGAGAUGGAGGCGCAGCAGCGGGAGAGGGACCUGCUGCAACGGCUGCAACAACUGGACCGAACGCUGCCGGCAGCGACCUCCCCCACGGACCAACUCAAACAGGAGGCGGAGGACCGGGCUCGACUGCAGAGCUCGCUGAGCGCGGCACGGCUCCAGCUGGAGGCCGAGCGGCGGCGUGCUGGAGAACUGCACGCGAUGCUCGACCACGAGAGGAACAAACACAGAAGAGACCUGGACGAAGCGGCCGCCACGGCAGCCGCCCUCAGGGGGGAACUGGCAGAACUCAGGAGAUUGAAACACGAAUCCGGCGUGGAGCUGGUGAGGACCAAGGAGCUGCUGCACACGCAGAGCGACACCAUCGCACAGCUCGAGAAGAAGUAUUCCGCCAGGAGUAAACACAAUGAUACUAUCACGGGCAUCGAAAACGAAAAAACAGAUCUGGCUCGUGAAAUGGCAACCCUCCGACGGUGUCUGACGGACGCACCCCAGGCACAGCUGCAGCAGCUGCUGGAAGAGAGACAACAACUGAGAGACACCAUCAGGGAUCUAAGAGGACAGCUGGAGGCGAGGAACGACGACAAGGAACAGGCGAUCCGCUACCUCCACAGUCGCUGGGUCCGGCUGGAGAGUUGUCGCAAGGCGCUGGUGUGGCAGAAGAGGUACCUGCAGAGGAUGGUUGCGGGCUACGGGGACCUGGAGAGGAAGCUGGGGGUGAACGAGAAGGCCAGGACGACAUUCAAGAGCGUGGCGUGGUCGUGUGUGGCCGUCCUCCGCAUGUCGUUCCUGGUGAGGCGUCGGAACGCCGCCCGGAACGCCGCCUCCGCGCUCGCACAGUCGUUCGCUCCGUGUACUCCGCUCGCCCGCCCCCCGCCGCUGGCUCAUCGCCUCCUGCAGCAGGACAUGAAGCUGUGCCUGCCGCUCUCCCCCACAGUGGGCGACGUGUUGCCGCGGUCUCCGCUCGUGGCGAGUUCUCCGCGCGAGGAGCGAGGCUUGACCAGGUGUCCUCGCGGAGAGGCGGCCUCCUCCUACACCCACAGACUGGACUCCGUGAGCCGCCGCCUGGCCGCGCUCCAGCACAGAGACAACUGACCAGCCGCCGCCGCCUAGUGCGUCACACACCCGACACUCACAGAACGUGAUCUCGGACGGUGUCAUUAUUAUAGUUAAGAAACUCUCUUUGGUGCCUUCGUUGAUAGCUUAAGAUUCCCAAGCGGGAUGUGAUGUAGUACCAGACCACCACGAUUACCAAAUAUUAAUACAGAGACGGGACGACUGGACGCGUGACAGAUAUUUAUUGAAGGCGUGCCGGUCGUCAGACGCGAGCACCGUCUCUUAGGUUAAGUUAGUUUAGUGCCAAAUCGAAGAAUGUUUUAAUUAUUGUGUUACUUAAUUUAUUUUUAUAUUUAGUUUUUAAUUUCGUUUGUAAGUUGUUACCACUCCGCCUAUAUGACUGUAAUGAGUGGGUUAUGAGAGAUGUUCGUACAUUUAUAUUUGCUUUAUAUACCGUUAUUUUUAGAAUAUUCUCGAGCAGCGCGAACUACGAUCGCUUUAAGUUUUGAAACAUUAUAAAAAUUAAAUGUUUAUUAGGUUGAAAUUUACCUCAGAGUUAUAUAUACACACGAACUGCAAUUCGCAACGUCUUAAUGUUAUAAUGUGUAGUUCGAUACCUCCUCUAGUAAUCGUAAGCGCAAACCUUGCCAUAUCAUUGUAAUAUAUUAGAUUAAGGGACGGAGGCCGUUAGACUUGCAGUGUAACGGACGAAGUCUUCUAUGUUAGACGAGAAAGUACAAUUAGGAUAAGAUACUGACGAGGGUGACCGACCACUGCCGGCGAUUGCCGACGAUUGCCGACGAUUGCUGACGACGACCGAACGAGUGACGAAGACUUACUUUAGUAUUAUGAAGUCCGACUGCGAAACUUGUUGUUUAUAGCGAAGUUUACUGCUUUAUUAUAUCCAUACAUUUUAUACACAUGACGUUUACUUCUUUUAUUUAUUAUAUGUUACUGCAGACUAGGUUUACUUUGGUCGAGUGAAACUAAAUAGUAUUUUAUGACAUUUUAUUUAGUCCAGUGCUCUAUCAUUAAUCAUAAUCCGCAGACAAUGUUGUAAGCCAAAGGGAACCGCGAGUUGCUGUGUUAAGAUAUUUCAUGUGUUGAGCGCCGACGUAUUCAUUCUGACCUUAGAAUCUCAGUUCACCUCUCGACGAUCUACACUCAAUGCGACCAAAGAUCUUGUAUUCUAUAGGCUACUUCCAAACCACUAGUGAGUCACUUUAGGAGAGACUCGCAUCCCAACGAACGCUAUUGUAUAAUUACUAGAAAUUUGUCCUGACACGACUCUAGUCACAGGCGGCACGCCGGCGCCAUACGCUCUCUGAUCUACAGACAUUAUAAAGUUAAUAUAAAUAAUAAAUGAUUAUUUUGGAUA